GUCGGAGGCAGUGCUCAGCUGUUUGUUGUUUUUGAGCUGCUCCUGUAGGCAUCGUCCAUCGUCUCUUUAAAGGCAGAAAUAACCACUUUAAGACAAUAUAACACCGUGAAAUAACAACUUUAUCGCAUUUACGUAGCGCCUGGUCGCGUUUAAAGUCAUCUACAGCGAGCGACAGCAGCGUAGGAAACAUGAAAUGGAUGUUCAAAGAAGAUCACUCCUUAGAACAUCGAUGCAUAGAGUCGGCCAAGAUCCGGAACAAAUACCCUGACCGUGUCCCGGUGAUUGUGGAGAAGGUGUGUGGCUCUCAGAUCGUGGACAUAGACAAGAGGAAGUACCUGGUGCCGUCCGACAUCACUGUGGCUCAGUUCAUGUGGAUCAUCAGGAAGAGGAUCCAGCUGCCCUCGGAAAAGGCCAUCUUUCUGUUUGUGGAUAAGACAGUGCCCCAGUCCAGUAUCACAAUGGGGCAGCUCUAUGAGAAGGAGAAGGACGAGGAUGGCUUUUUAUAUGUGGCGUACAGCGGAGAAAACACUUUUGGAUUUUAAACGACGACAACAAGACGCCAUUUUGUUUCUCCUCACCCUCAUCCACCCUCUUCUUCACCUUUCCCUCCAUCCACCGCUCCCCCAUAGAGAAAGCCCCAUUCAAACCAAAACCAGGCCUGGUCGGAUCCCUGAAGGCUUAAGACUGAGUGUGACUGCCCUAUUUGCACCAUUCUCUAGUUGUCUAUAGUGAGUUUGAUUGAGUUUGUGAGUUUUUGUGAAAAUAUAUUUAGCAUUUUAGAAGAUUUGUUUUUCACAGUUUGAUUUUUGCUUUAGUUGUGGUUUGAAAACAAUAUUUAAAGGGUUUUAAUUUAAAUACUUGAAGGUUGAGGUAGCUGGAUGACCUAACCAAUAAAAAUGAAUAUUACACUGCC